ACUCCGUACCUUUCUUGCGGCCACGGCGAAGUGGGCCGGGCCGAACCAGACCAGACUGGACCGCGGGGCGAUGCGGCUGCUGCCCCUGCUGCAGACUGUCCUCUGGGCCGCGCUCCUCGGCUCCCCUCUUCAAGGGGGCUCCGGCCUCCGGCACGACUUCUACUGGAACUCCAGUAACCCCAGGCUGCUUCGAGGAGACGCUGUGGUGGAGCUGGGCCUCAACGACUACCUAGACAUCUUCUGCCCACAUUAUGAGGGCCCAGGGCCCCCUGAGGGCCCUGAGACUUUCGCUUUGUACAUGGUGGACUGGUCAGGCUAUGAGGCCUGCCAGGCACAGGGGCCUGGUGCCUUCAAGCGCUGGGAGUGCUCCCUGCCCUUCGCUCCCUUUGGUCCUGUUAAAUUCUCAGAGAAGAUUCAGCGCUUCACACCCUUCUCCCUUGGCUUCGAGUUUUUGCCUGGAGAGACCUACUACUACAUCUCGGUGCCCACUCCCGGGAGUCCUGGCCAGUGUUUGAGGCUCCAGGUGUCUGUCUGCUGCAAGGAGAGCAAGUCUGAGUCAGCUCAUCCUGUUGGGAGCCCUGGAGAGAGUGGCACAUCGGGGUGGCAAGGUGGGGGCGCUCCCAGCCCCCUCUGUCUCUUGCUGCUGCUGCUGCUCCCAAUUCUUCGUCUCCUUCGAGUUCUCUGAGCCAAGCGGACCCUUCCUGCCACCCCAGGAGCCAGAGCCCUCCAAAGACUCCCUGGAGGAGGAGCCCCUGCCACCUGAGCUGGGAGUGCCAAGCCAGACAGGAUGGAGCAGUGAUGAGGAAAGUCAGAGGGUCUGAGGUGACCCUUGCAGGUGCUGGCCCCUCAUCCCAGGCUGAAAAGGAAACUACAGGGGAGCUGCAGACAACCCUGGGCAUCUGGAACCAAGGCAACAUAACACAGGGUAUCCAACAGCUGCUUUGAUGGCCUUAACCCAUCUCCCAGGAAGACUGGAAUUUGGUGGAAUUGAAUCCUUGAGCCUGCUGGGGGCCAAGACUGAAGAGCUGGGGCAGGUGGAUUGAAGGACCAGGGCAAGGAAGCAGCCCAGGCCUGCCAUCUGUGCCCAGUGCCCUGUGGGUCUCUUCCCUAGGGCAGUACCUUUCCCUUCCAGGGGGUCACUCGUCUUCUGUGAAGACAGACUUGCCAUAAGGCUGAAUUUCAUACCAAUUUGUAUUUUUAUAAGUGUCUGGACCAAACCCUCAAUAAACUACCCAUCUUUUUUGUUGCUCUCCUCAA